AUGAACGACCAACAUGCACAAAACAGGAGCAGCACUGCGUCACGACCGGGCAGGUCACGGCUUGGAUGUCUGACGUGCAAAAGGAGGAAGGUGCGAUGUAACGAGCAGCGGCCGAGAUGCUCACACUGCGAGCGACUCAAUCUGCAAUGCACGUGGAAGACCAACACAACCAUCGCUCUUGCUGCCGCGCAAAGGCGGCAGACCAACCUGUCAGAGACUUCUGCCUUGAGGGUUCAAGAUGGCAACGUCCCUGGAUCUGUCGCGAGUUCAACAUCGCCGGCCACCACACGUAAUCCUCCUGCUGUUGACAAUUUCUUCGACUAUGCAGGUUUCAUGUUCGACAAUCCCGAAUGGUGGCAGCAGUUUCAGCCUUCCGAGGCGCUUCUACAGAACAACCAGAUCGAUCAAACCCUCGAAGACUUGUUCAGCUCGCCAAGUACGAACUCGCCGUCCUUCACCGUGACCAACAACGAUCAGUUUCUGCUUGACUACUUUGUGCAUAGUACUGUGCCUCCGAUAUUGGCACCCGUCGAGACGCAACAACAAUGGUCGUCAAUGCGACGCCAUCUUCUUGUCAUGGCUAGAGAGUCGUCAAUGGUACGCUCUGCACUUUUGGGCUUCUCCGAUCUACUAUUACGUCGUCGCCGUCAACACCUUUACACAACCAAUUGCGGACAAAGGCACCAUCAAGAAUCAAGUCGCGAGCUGUCUAGAUAUACUGCAAGCACCCAAACGAGUCACCCAAGGCGCGAGCACCUUCUAGCGACUUGUUUCUUUCUGAGCUACGUCGAUAUUCUCGAGGGUCGGACAGAGGCAGCGCAUGGAAGCCUGAAAAUUGCAUACCACAUUUUCGACAAGGGUGAGAAGUCAAGCUUCGGUCCUUUGGAAAUACGUAUUCUUUCCUGGAUCAGGUUGCUUGAUGGCAGGGCUGUCUCGGCAGGUGGUGAGGGCUUGUUCUUGUCUGAUGAUGAGGCGACAGAGAUGCUUGUACAGCCUUCGCCCGCCGGUUUGGAGAAUCUACAGAACGACCUGGACCCGUCAAACGCUGCCGACCAGAGCGCUGAGAUUGAGGAUGCUCUGUUCCAAGCACUUUAUCAACCAGGUGCUGUCUUCUUCCAAAAGGUACAAUCAUUCAUGGGUCGCAUAUCGAAGAUUGAUCCAUGGCAUAGAAGUAGAGGAACAGUGGCAGACGAGACCGAAGUUAUGAUCAUCGCUGCCAAAAUCACCCGGGACCUCGAUAAACUGUUCGACAGCCGACCUCGACUGAUGGACUAUGCGGCCAAAGGUCAAUUGACACCUCAACACCUGAGUUCUCAUCUCUCCCAUACCAUUACCAGAGCUUUUAGAACCUACGCAAGUAAUUUUUACGCAAGCAAAGUGCAUCUUCAUCGAGUUGCAUACAAAACGCUGCCUUUGACUAUGGAGACUGUACUUGCGCUUGCCAAAAUCAAAGAGCUUGCCAAGAUGAUGGUUGAUACGCCUUCAGAAUCAGGCAUUGAAGGUGGUGAACCUCUGCCUGUCAACAUGCUUUGGCCGCUGCUCAUGCUCGGAUCAGAAGAGGGAGAUUCUCAUGAACGAUUCUGGAUCAGAAAUCAGAUAUGCAGGAUGCAAGAAGUAGCCACGAACGCAGAGAUGACAGCACAAGUUCUGGAUGAGGUUCAGAAGAUGCAGGAUUUGACGAAGACAAGAGUUGACAUUCGCAGUAUCAUGCAUAAGAUCUUUGAUGCAUGCUUUGCGAUCGUGUGA